AACCGCUUCUCCUACGUCGUCGCAAUAGGGUACGCAGGCAUCACGGAGGAGCCGCACAGCGUUGCCAACUGCGCAUGGGCAGCACCGUUGUUCCGCAGCGUCGAAACUUCGGUUUAUUGCUACGCCGGUCGCUGAAAUAAGUUCCCGAAAUUCGUAAGGGAACGAUGCCGCAUCGCCAGACUCGCGUCAUACCGAGCCGUCCGGGGCUCUCGAGGCCCUACGCCAUCAAAUCUACGAUCAACAAUUUUACAAUUCCAGAGAGCUUCAAAUAUAUUCAACGUAUAUAUAUCCGCACAUAAAUGUGUUGCUCUAUCUCGAAAAAGAUAUCGCAGCUGAUGGUAUAUAUCCGCAUGCAGGCAAUUUCCCCGGGUAAGAUCCGGUGUUUUCUGCGGCAAGAGUAAAAGAAGAAAGAGAGAGAGAAAGAGAGAGAGAGAGAUCGAUGGAUGGAUGCGACGGAAGUCUGGCUUGUGAAGUCGAAAGUCGCCUUUCGUUAAUCUUACCGCAGAGAUUGCAUAACGUCUCGGACAGAGAGAGAGGAACAAUAUCCACGUGUGGAUAUGCUCGGCUUAAUGCCCCUGUGUCCAUUGUCCUUCGUUGGCUUUGCUAUUAAGUAGCGAACAUAAACGCAGGAUGACAUCACGUCCUCUUUUAAAAGACGCGAACUAUCACGUUCGAGCACGCGCGCUCGUGUGCGAGCGAAAAGUGACAUUCGCGUUAUUACGUGUCGCGAUAAUUAGCCGAUUGAUUCGUAUCAAAACCGAAACGAUUUAAAUUUUACUUCUAUAAGCGCGCAAUGUGUACAACAACUGGAAACGAUUUCUCCCUCGCCCACGUUCCUCGCCAUUUGCCGUUGAAAAACAUCGUUACGAUACAGGAAGUGCUCGUAUAACGCGAGAGAGAACGUGACAUCAUCUCUCGCGCACUUAGUGCUGAUGAAUUUGUUGACUUUCCAAUCGGAAUUCAGAAGUGUUUGGAUUUCUUAGAGGUUUUAGGAAUAAAAUGGCUUCUACAUCGUUGGAACAAAGAUCUAUUGCGCAGAAAACAUGGGAGAUGGCAAACAACAUUGAGGCUAUCAGUGCCGCGGAUGAAAUUUACAGAUAUGAUAGGAAGGAACAACAGGACAUACUGACUGCCAAACCAUGGGAAAAAGAUCCCCAUUUCUUCAAGGAUAUAAAAAUAUCUGCGUUGGCUCUGUUAAAAAUGGUUAUGCACGCACGAUCCGGGGGAACCUUGGAAGUUAUGGGUCUGUUACUCGGCAAGGUGGCAGCAAACACAAUGAUUGUCAUGGAUUCCUUCGCGUUGCCGGUUGAAGGAACAGAAACUAGAGUAAAUGCGCAAGCUCAAGCUUAUGAAUAUAUGACAGCUUAUAUAGAAGCGGCGAAACAAGUUGGUAGAUUAGAAAAUGCAAUUGGUUGGUAUCACAGUCAUCCCGGAUACGGUUGUUGGUUGUCUGGCAUCGAUGUAUCGACUCAGAUGCUUAAUCAGAAUUUCCAAGAACCUUUUGUCGCUAUUGUUAUUGAUCCUGUGAGAACCAUUUCUGCCGGCAAAGUGUGUCUAGGUGCCUUCAGAACUUAUCCAAAGGGAUAUAAACCGGCAAAUGAAGAACCUUCGGAGUAUCAAACAAUACCGUUAAACAAGAUCGAGGAUUUCGGCGUUCAUUGUAAGCAAUAUUAUUCGUUAGAAGUAUCCUAUUUCAAGUCCUCGCUUGACAGACGGCUGCUCGAUUCGUUGUGGAACAAGUACUGGGUGAACACUCUGAGUUCCUCCAGCUUGUUGACGAACGCAGAUUACACCACCGGUCAGAUAUUCGAUCUGUCAGAUAAACUAGAGCAAUCGGAAUCGGCGCUGGGAAGAGGAUUCGUUUUAGGUGGCACAGAUCCUCACGAUCGUAGCACAGUGGAAAAACUGAUAAAAGCUACGAGAGACAGCUGUAAAACCACUAUCGAAGUGAUUCACGGUUUAAUGGCGCAAAUCAUUAAGGACCGAUUGUUUAAUCAAGUUGGCGGCAACGCGAUUACCUGUAAUCCGCAACAACAAAAGCAAUAAAAUUUAUAUGCGGUAAUCACUUUGCAAUGUGAAUAUUUACUGAAUUUGUAAUAAAGAUCUGUGUUUUUUCUCCGCUUGUGUUGAAAA